CCAUCAUCCGACAGUCAAAAUGUACCCAAUAUACGGUACUGCACUUCUGGCCAGCCCUGGACCUGCACUUAGCAACGCCGCCGUGGCCAGCCUUGUUACUACGCUGUCCCAUAGCCGCAGGUUUUCUUCACCGGUUCUUCCACAUCCGCUCACCGCCAUUGCCACCGCCAUGGUCACCCCCAUUGCCAACACCAUUGCCAUCGCCAUUGCCAAGAUCUUUCAACUUUGAACUACACACCUACAGCACACCCGUCACGUCAGCUUCCUGUUUCGCUUUUUGUUUACAAGGUGACUCCAAAACCAGUCUUCUCAUUCUUGCC